GAGGUAACGGAGACAACUAAAAACAGAGGUAAGAAGAAAAGUGUAAGAAAGAGAGAGGAAAGCUCUCGUUUCUAGCUUCCUUAGAGGAAAGCUCUCGUUCCUAGCAACCAAGCUAGCGAAUCCAACCCAACCCGUCCAUUUCUCCACAUCCCCACCCUCCCUCCGUCUCCGCCUCCGCCUGCGCCACCCUCCAAUCCGCGCCGGCGCGUCGCCACCCUACCCGAUUGCUACCUCCUCGUGGUGGGCGCCGCUCCGAUCCGCCCGAUCCGCGCCGGCGCCUCGCCACCCUACCCGAUUGCUACCUCCUCGUGGUGGGCGCCUGCUCCUGGAGUUCCGGCGCGCGGCGGGGGCGGCGUAGUAAUGGAAUCCGAGGACGACAUGCACGACGCGAACGACUCCGCUGAAGACGAUUUCUACAGCGGCGGGGAGGCCGGUCUCGCCGCCAGCGACGACGGAGACGCCGACUACGACUUUGCGGACCACGACUCCGACGACUCCGCGGAGCUCAUCUCCCACAGACAGCAGCAAAAUUAUAGUAUAUUGAGUGAAGUUGAUAUACAGCGGCGCCAAGAGGAUGAUAUAAAUAGGGUUUCAACCGUUCUUUCAAUUUCCAAACCAGAAGCAUGUGUUCUUCUCCGCAACUAUAACUGGAGUGUUAGUAAGGUGCAUGACGAAUGGUUUGCUGAUGAAGAGCGUGUCCGGAAGGUUGUGGGUUUACCAGAGAAGCAUAAUGAAAUGCCAAAUGACAGAGAAGUAACAUGUGGAAUAUGUUUCGAAAGUUGCCCUCGUGGGUCGAUGAGUGCUGCUGCAUGUGGUCAUCCUUUCUGCAGUACAUGUUGGAGAGGUUACAUUAGCACUGCUAUAAGUGAUGGUCCAGGAUGUUUGAUGUUGAGGUGUCCUGAUCCAUCUUGUGCUGCUGCUGUUGGACAAGAUAUGAUAAAUUCACUGGCUGCUGAUGAUGAUAAGGAAAAGUAUGGGCGAUAUCUUCGCAGAUCUUACAUUGAGGAUAAUAGAAAGACAAAAUGGUGUCCUGCGCCUGGAUGUGAAUACGCAGUGGAAUUCGUCAUGGGCAGUGGCAGCUAUGAUGUUAAUUGCAACUGUUCAUAUGGGUUUUGUUGGAAUUGCACCGAGGAAGCUCAUCGUCCAGUAGACUGUGCCACUGUUUCGAAGUGGAUCCUCAAGAACAGUGCAGAGUCAGAGAAUAUGAAUUGGAUACUGGCUAAUUCAAAGCCUUGUCCCAAAUGCAAACGGCCUAUUGAAAAAAAUCAGGGAUGCAUGCACAUCACAUGCACUCCACCAUGCAAAUUUGAGUUCUGCUGGCUAUGUCUUGGUCCAUGGUCAGAGCAUGGAGAGAGGACUGGUGGAUUUUAUGCUUGUAACCGCUAUGAGUCAGCAAGGCAAGAAGGAGCGUAUGAUGAAUCUGAAAGGAGAAGAGAAAUGGCAAAGAACUCCCUUGAGAGAUACACACAUUAUUAUGAACGAUGGGCAGCCAAUCAGUCGUCGAGGCAAAAGGCACUGGGGGACCUUCAAAGCCUACAGAAUGACAAGCUUGAAAGGUUAAGUGACAUACAAAGUCAACCUGAGUCACAGCUGAAGUUCAUUGUAGAGGCAUGGUUACAGAUUGUUGAAUGCAGAAGGGUAUUGAAGUGGACUUAUGCCUAUGGAUUUUACCUGCCAGAGCAUGAGCAUGCCAAAAGACAGUUCUUUGAAUAUCUGCAAGGUGAGGCAGAAUCUGGUUUGGAGCGGCUACAUCAAUGUGCAGAGAAAGAACUUCAAAUAUACCUUGACGCAGAAUCUCCCUCGAAAGACUUCAAUGAUUUCCGUACAAAGUUGGCUGGAUUAACUAGUGUGACUCGCAAUUAUUUUGAAAAUCUCGUCCGGGCUCUGGAAACUGGAUUAAAUGAUGUAGGCCCUUCCACUAGCCAUGGCACAUGCAGCAAAAGCGCAACUUCCAAGAGCCUCGGUGGUAAAAGUAAGAGUGGCAAGAACAGGGCAUCAAGCAGCAGUUCCAAAUCUGGCGGCUCAACCCGAGGUGUGGAUGAUAGUAACAUCUGGACAUGCGAUCAGUGCACAUAUGCAAACCCCAAAUCUGCCAGAGCCUGCCAGGCUUGUGAUCGCCAGCAUCGAUAGCGGUGUCAGUCAUUGCUAGAGAUUUGGACCCCAUUUGUCGAGAAUUUUCUGGUGUUGCGCCGUGCGAUACACAACAUACAUGAAAAUUGAAUAUUAGCUGAUCUCUGGGGGUAGGUUUUCGUGUAUCAUGGAUUGUUUGUCGACUGACUGCGCAUGUGAAGCCUCAACUCAGCAUCCACUCCCAUUUGUGUAUAUAAGUAUAUCCAUAUCUGUAACAAUGUUUUGUUCAAUGGAAGUAGCGGAGCUAGGAGGCGUCUGCUGCCAAAGGAACUCAACUGUUGUAGUGCUGUUGUAAUGUAAGAUGCAUUGGUCAAAUUUAAAGAAAGUUAGUCACCCUGUUACAGAAAUUCCAAGGGAACUCUUGUUACA